AUAGCGAACGAUAGCAGCCUUGCAGGAGUGUAAAAGACCUUAAGAUGUCUUGUAAUGGCAGUACGGAGGAGGUUUUGCAGCAGGUCAACCAAUUUUGGUCGAUGCUGGACGAUCUGUGUGUAAACGACCCGGCAGCUUACCGCAGGUUGAUGGAGAAGCAGCUGAAGGAAGGAGCUGAGCUCAGGCCUGAGCUGCACUCAUGUCUCUGCACUCAAACACUGGAACCAAAACCAGGCUUGCUGUACAUUAACAUAUGCAGCUGGAAACGUGUGCCUGCGCCUCAGGAUCCAAACAGCACUUUACCAGUGUGUGCCGGACAAUUGGUAACAGGCACAAAUGAAGGUCAAGGCUGGUAUGCUGUGUUGGAUGUGGCCUUAAAUCCUACGGUGCUGCAGGAGACUGAGGAAGAUAAAUCUGACAUUAAAGAGAUCUAUAUGCAGGCCUUGAGCUUUGCCCAGCAGCAGCAUGGAAUGCAGAUAUCUCAAGAGUACAGAGUCGUUAAUUGUGGCCCAAAGAGUAGUCCAGAUGAAAUACACCAUCGGCUUGGGUUUCAAAAGGGAUCCAAGACUUCCAAACAACCAGAAAAAGUCAGUCAUAGUCCUGCUGCCUUGCUGCAGGAGAUCUCAUCUCUACGAUCAAAAGAACAAGACGAGGACUCAGCAGCCCAAAUGAUCUUUACACCUGCAGAGAGGCAAAAAAAGGAUUUGAUCCAGGUCAUAUCCACCACUUUUGUGGGGCCUCAGAGGCCAGAGUACCAACUUGAGGUGAAGACUGAUACAGAAGGAGCUCCUUGUGCUAUGGAGCUGACGGUGGAGCUGCCAAAGAUCCGCUCCAUGUCAGAGUGCCAGUUAAGAGUGUCCAAGGAGGAUGUCUUGCUGGAAGUGGAAGAUAUUUACUAUUUGAUUGUGGAGUUUCCAAAAACUGUAAAUGAGGAUACUGCAUCUGCCAUCUUCAGCAAGAAGACACGAAGGCUUCAGUUGAAGGUGGAUCUUGUGUGAUCAUUGCCUCCAUUGAAAAACAAAAUGUACACAGAAGUGACACCGUCACUGACAAUAUCUCUGAUAACAAAAACAAACAUGCAAUGCAAUGUGACAAGCAUUGGGAGCGCUAUAUAAAGUGGAGUGACCAGUGCUCUGCUGUUUCAAAAGAAAAAUAUUUUGCGAGACAAAUGCAUAACAUUGUCAAUUUGUUCCAUGUGGGCUGAUUUGCAGCUACAAAUUUAAUUUGUAGCACAGCCCACCCACUCCCCCCCAAAAUUAAUGGACUUUAAUUAGAAUUUGUGGACUCUGUUUACUGUGUGGGUGUGUGAGUGUAGGUGUAUAAUGGUUGUGAGCUGGUGAACAGGGCCAUUACUGUAUGCAGGAGGGAAUAAUUGUCAACAAAAUGAUCCAUGCAAUAAUUUAUGUUUAUUAAAACAUCAAAAGUGAUGCAGAACAUCAACAUUACUGUUUGGCAAUAUGGCACGUGAAAAUUGUCAGUAAACACUUUCUUGAGGUUUGAUCACUAUGCAGUUUAUAGCUUUUUAUGUAAAAACUAACAAUUCAUUAUCAUUUGUAGCUUCAAAUAUCACAUUACUGACCAUUAAAUUGAAGUUCAACAUAUCAAUAAGCUACAAAUACAAGUUAAUAUGAUUCCCAUUAAACAAAGCAUUUUUCAAAUGUUAAAUUUCUUGGUUUGAAACAUUCAUUUUUUAAAACACAGCUGCGUAUUGAAAAGCAUUUUCUUCAUUGGUCCCCGUUAAUAACAGACUAGUUUUUUUUGUUGUUGUUUUUUUGUGGCAUCACGUGUAUUUUCGUUGAUUUCUGGUCCAGUGAUAUAUGCAGAGGUUUGUAGUGGUGAUCUCUGGUUUUUGGGGGUCUACCUCCGCUCUCCGUGGUCCUCCUCCACCCACGCCACAAUCUUUCCCUCCCAGCCGGGCACAACUGCUCCAUCCUGAAACACCUGCACAGCCAACAUCCAGCAUUUUCAUACUUAAAGAGACUUGCCUUUAAAAUGUACAACUCAAACUGAAAUUGAAAAUAGCUAUUCAGUCCUUUCAAAUGUUCUGAAAUGGCGAUGAGUCACCCCACGGUGUUUUGAAAAUAGAA